AUGGCCCUGCGCAUACCCACCAUCUCCUCGUCCCACGGGCUGGCCUCCUCGCCGGCGCCCAUCUCCACGACGUGCCGGCCGGCUGUCUUGGCGGUUGGCAGCAGCUGGGCGGCGGCGGCGGUCCAGAAGAGGAGCCUGCUGCUGGCGGCGACGGCCUCCGAGACGAGGGGAGUCGCGCCGGUGAGGUCGAGCGGGAUCGAGACGACCUCAGUGGGAGCUGCGGCUGAGGCCGUCACCGGGCAGGUCACGGAGGUCAACAAGGACACCUUCUGGCCCAUCGUCGAGGCCGCCGGCGACAAGGUCGUCGUCCUCGACAUGUACACCGAGUGGUGCGGGCCUUGCAAAGUGAUGGCUCCCAAGUUCCAGGAGAUGUCUGAGAAGAACCUGGACGUUGUGUUCCUCAAGCUCGACUGCAACCAGGACAACAAGCCGCUUGCAAAGGAGCUGGGCAUAAAGGUUGUUCCAACGUUCAAGAUCCUCAAGGGUGGGAAGGUCGUCAAGGAGGUCACCGGCGCCAAGAUCGAGGAGCUAGCGCAUGCCAUCGACACAGUCAAGUCAGGCUGA